AGCGCCAAUGCCCGUUUUAUUCAAAUUCAAAAUUCACCGUCAGCAUCUUCAUUCCUCUCUUACAAGAUCAAGAAAAGGCCACUGGUAAAAUUCCGAGCUUUUUUGCAUCUCUUCAAUGGAGAAACGGCUCCGUUCUUCGCUCAAAUCUUCAGCGGAAGAAUUCCUUUCUUCAACAUCAAAGCUAGGGUUUAAAUCCAUUAAACCCUCUCUCAAAACCCUAAUUCACACCCUCAGUCCUUCUUCAGAUCUCACCACUACACUUCCUCUCGCCCUCCACCACUCCAUUUCACAAUCCAUAAGGAAAUACAAAACCCUAACUGAUUCCGACUCAACCGACGUCGUUUUGUCUCCUCAGACCCCGCCGACGAAGAGGGUCCGUAGAUCUGCGCGGAACAAGAAGAGUGAGGAAGGUAACGAUGAUGCGAAGCAAUUAAUCGUUGAGGGUAUUCGUAUAUAUGUUUAUAUUUCGUUUCUGUGUGUUUCUCAUCCGAGAAAGGCGUUUAGGGAUUCUGAUUUAUUGCCGGCGGUUAGGGCGUUACAUGAUAGUUUGAUUUUAUUUGAGUCUGAUUCUGUUUUGUUAUCUGAAAUUGCUAAUUUAUGUGAGGAGUGGUGGAAGGAGGGUUUGUAUGGGAAAGAAACCCUAAUUUCUCAGGCAUUGCCAUUUCUGUUGUCGAGAGCUUUGACAUUGAAGAAGAAAGUGGAUGUACGUAGGGUUUAUAUGUUAAGAGAGGCGUUUAUGUUGUUGGAUUUUGAGGAUGAGAGUAUUGAGGAUUUGAAGCAUUUGAUUAUGCGUUGUGUGAUUUCGCCUCUGUUUUUGAAGACUGAGGAUGGGAGGAAAUUUAUUGCAUUUACAUUUGGUUUGAGUGUGCAGCUUUUGAAAGAGGCAUUGGCUAUGCUUAAAUCGCAGAUUCCAUUCGGGCGUAAGUCAAUCUUGGAAGCAUUUGGGGAGAUUGUUUUUCGGGCAUGGAAGGUAGCCGAAGGGCUGGCUAAGGAUGAGAUUGAGAAUAGCUUUUUGCAGGGGAUGAUAGAUAGCUGCAUACAUGCAAGUUCAGCUGUACUUGCUGUGUCCACUAGAAGGGUUUUAGGGGGUUUUAUAAAUCAAAGAACCACAGAAGGGGUUGAGAAGCUCAUUUUUCGUCUUGCUGAGCCUGUCAUUUUCCGGUCCUUGCAGGUUGCAAACUCAAAUGUCCGACAAAAUUCACUGCACUUAUUUCUAGAUCUAUUCCCUCUUGAAGAUCCUGAUGCGACAAAGGAGGUGAAAGACACACUCCUUGAUAAGCAGUUCUUUCUUCUGGAUAAAUUACUUGUGGAUGAGUGCCCUGAUGUGCGGGUUGUAGCAGUUGAAGGUUGUUGCCGCAUUCUUCGUUUGUUUUGGGAAAUUAUCCCUUCACCAACAAUCACAAAAACUCUAACCAAAAUAUUUGAACAUAUGAUACAUGACUCAUGCCCUGAGGUCAGGUUGUCAACAAUAAAUGCUGUGAUAUACCUACUUGGAAACCCCCAUUCUCACGAGAUCCUCAAAGUGCUAUUACCAAGAAUGGGCCAUUUGAUUAAUGAUAUUUCUCCUCCAGUUCGUGCUGCAGUUGUAGAUCUCCUUCUCACUUUAACGGAUUUAAGAAAAUUUCAGUUUCACAAGGUUGUGCAUAUAGACCUGUUGUUGUCUACACUUGCAAAGGACCAACCAAUGAUUGGUCAGAAAAUCACUAAGCUUCUCCUUCCUUCAUACUUCCCCUCAAAAGUAAACCUGAAAGAAGCAUGCAAUCGCUGUGUCGCACUUAUAAAAAGGUCUCCUUUGGCUGGUGCAAGGUUCUGUGAAUUUGCUGUAUCAGAAGGAACCUCGCUGCAGUCAUGGAUAGAACUCAUGAAAAUCCUCAUCAGUUUGAUUGUAUCACCUGGCAAGUUGGAGGCGGAGCAGAUUGAUGGUUCAAUUAUUGCAGCCUCCCACAUCUGUAUCUAUCUUGUACGUGAUGGGUCUUAUCAGACUAAUCUUAAAGAGGAAUUGUCUGGUGAAAGACUGAAGAACUUGUUUGCUGCUGCAACCUCAGCAUGUGCCCAGGCCUCUGUCUGUAACAUUAUUUCAAGUGUCUGCCCAGAUGCAGUGGAUGACCUUUUCGAUGAAUGCAUGACCUUGGUAACAAAUUGUGGAGAUUUAUCCAAUUCUUUAGAAAAGCAAGCUGAGGUGAGCUCUGUCCACAAGAUGAUGCUAUCUUGCAAUUGGUUGGACGAAAUGUUUGAAAAUCUAGCUAGGUUUCUGCAAAGAACUGCCUCUCAGUGCCACAAGAUAUUUGGGACGGAACUGGUAAAUUUUAGUGUUCCAUCAACUAAGCGAGGAAAUACUAAGUCCUCCAUCAAGCUCUCCUCUAAAUCAAAGCAUGUGAGGGAGAAAAAGAUGGCCAAUAAGGUUAAAUGUAGCUUCAAGGAAGAGUACAAAAUCACUGUAGGAGUGGCUUGGCAGAUUAAGGACCUCCUUUUAUCUGAAAAUACAAGGAAUGCUAUUCUACGGAGCGAAAGCUUAGAAACUAUAUUCCUUUCUUUGAAGGCCAUCUCUGAAGUUAGCAUUUUACAAUGUACACAAUGUGAUUAUAUGAGUGUGUCCCCACUUUUGGCAUACACAGCUCUUUCUCUUCACAGAUCUAUGCAGGACAACAACUUAGGUGGAGACAAAAAUGUCAAUAAGAAGAAGCGUAGAAUGGAAUCUGCAAAUGAAACAUCGGAGGAAACUGUAUUGGAAAUGACAAUUCAUCAUCUUCUUGGCUGCACAAAUAAGCUAUUCAGAGCACCAUGUAGUGAAAUAUCUGACCUCACCAGUAAUGGAUCUGAUUUUACUAAACAACAGAGAAUAUUAAAUGUGGUCAAGAUGCUAACCGCAGUUCUGAAGUUCAUUGCUGAUGCUCAUACGAUGGAUCUUGUCCAUAAAAGCCAGGAGGAAUGCCUAUCCUUUACUCUGCAAAACAUAAAAUUUUUUAUCUCAAAUUUGAGAAGUUAUGAUGAGGAGCUGCAAUUUACAGAAGACAUGUUGAAAGAGAUAUAUCUCUGUCUGAAGAGUUCUUUCACAUAUGUAGCCAAGUUGAUGAAUGUAGUGCUCAAGAGUUUCUCUGAGGCGUCACUACCUUUAUGGGGAGCUUUUGACAUUGCCAAUGAAUUGUUAAACCUUUAUGUUUCCAUUGAGGAGCACUUGGGCUAUGGAUAUGCAGUUCGUCUUUUUCCUGCAGUCAAACCAUGGGUUCCUGAUUUAAUUCUGGCAUUGGGAUCUGUAAACCUGAUGAAGCAGAUUCCAGGAGGCAGAACUAGUUCCUUUAAUCCAAAAGAUGAUCUUCCGUUGUGGUUAUCCACAUUAGCGAGGACUGAGCUGGCUGAACAACAAGAUACAAGUUCCGAGGAGGAGCCUGAUAGAAUUUCUAAGACGGGAGACUUCAGAACAUUCAAGAAACUUGUGAACUUAAUGGUUCAGCUGUUGAGAGCUAACUUUAAUGUGCUGGAUGCAGUUGGGGCGACUAUAUUGAAUAAUUUGCUAGUUGGGCUGAAAAGAAAGAAUUUUGAUCUCAUGUUUGGGCUCCUGCACUUUGUGUGUGUUAAGCUAGUCAGACAUGACGAAAGAGAGUGGAAGGAACUUACAUCAAUGUUGACAUCCCUCCAGCAGAUCUACCCUCAACUGGAGUUAGAAGAAGAAUCAGGUAAUGGUGAGGAUGCAAGACAGGAGUUACAGAGUGCAAGAGCAUUGGUUGAACCUGUUUGGAAAUGUUAUUUAUGUGACAAUGCGAGGAAUUCCUUUGAAGAAGAGUAGGUUGUUGCUUUCUCAUCUUAAACAUGAUUUGAGCAAAUGUCUAGCAACCCUGUAACAUGAGAGCAAUGGAUAAAUGGGCAUUGACGGAAUGGACAGUAUCCAAGGUGAUAAAGGGAGAACUUGAUAACUUUUGAACAGUAGUGCUGGAUUUUGGUGUAGAUCAACCAAAUAUAUGUAUAUGUAUCUUAUAUGGAUGUAUUUAUUCGGAAUGUGACAAUGCUAAAGAUAUCAGACUCCUUGUCUCUGUCAAGACGAACAUGCUAUAACGUUGCACCUCUUAAAGAUUGCAGAUGCAGGAUUCAUGUUGUACAGAAAGGAAAAGAAAAAUGUGCAGAGCAAUUAUCAUGUUGCGAAUGGGGCAGUCAUAAACCAGAUGGGUUUAUUUUCUUUGAAGAUCCAGUGGUGCCAAUAAGCCAUUUAAUAUUAGCUGAUGAUGUAGAAUUUGCUCAUAAUAGUAGGAACUAUUAAAUUUUACUUUUCCAGAGUAUGGAAGGCAAAAAGAGUAUUGAAUGUAUUUAUUUGGGCAGAAGUCCAACUUUGCCUAUCAACUAUGUGAAAUUGUUAAACUAUGUCAAUUGUCAUCCUUAGAAGUUUGCAACAAAAGGUUAUCAUCACAUUUCCCUUAUUUUUCACCACCAA